UUGUUUCUUCCUCGCAGAUGGUGCUAUGAUGCCAUCUUUGUUGGACAUUCUUGAGAUCCCUACAACUGCUUUCAAGACAGAAAGUGGUGCAAAUUUGAGAGCUGGUAAACCAGACAUAUACUUGAAGGGAUCGAGGCAUAGAAAAAUUUCUCUUGAUGGAGCGGCUAUGAGGAUGUUUCUCUAGAGGGAACUGUCAGUGCAGGUCGUGAUGUCGUGCCAUCAUCUUCUGACAUACAUGAGGUUCCUAUAUCUGCUACCAAGACAGAGCGUGAUGCAAAACUGAGAGCUGGCAAACCAGGCAUAUACUUGAAGGGGUCGAGACAGAAAAAUUUCUCUGGAUGGAUCAGCUAUUGAGGAUGUUCCUGAAGAGGGGAUUGUGUGUGCAGAUGAUAUUUUGAUGCCGUCAUGGUUUGACAUUCAUGAUAUUCCUAUAAGUGUUGAAUCACCAAAAGAUGAAAUGGGAGUUCUUGAAGCUGUUCAAAAUGUGCAUGGUUUGAUUCACAAGGAGGUAGCUGCUGGCAUAAGUCCUGAAAAUAUAUUUGUCUGUGGAUUUAGACAAGGAGGUGCCUUGACCCUAGCAAGUGUAUUGCUCUAUCCUAACCUUGGGGGCAGUGCAGUUUUUAGUGGAUGGGUUCCUUUUAAUUCUUCGAUCAUGGAUCACAUUUCUCCUGAAGCAAGAAAGACACCGACUUUGUGGUCCCAUGGUAUGGUUGACAGGACAGUGUUGUUUGAGGCUGCGCAAGCUGGUCCCCAAUUUCUAGAGCAGGCUGGCAUGAAAUGUGAAUUUAAGGCUUAUCCUAAUCUCACCCAUUCCAUAAAUAAUGAAGAACUGCAAUCACUGGGAUCAUGGAUUAAGGCUCGUCUGAAGUCUUCUUUUUGAUGAAGAUCUUCAUUCACGAUCAGUUCACAUCAUCUAUAGGCUGGCUCCUAAUUUUGUAGCUGUUUCAGUGCGUCCUAGCUGUCUCGUGAUUAUAAUCAAUUUGCAAAUGUAACAAAUUUUGACCUUGAAAAACUUGAGGAGUAUGUACUCUAAUUUAUUGAGAUAAUCGAGAAUUUGUUCUGUUUGCUGCCAAAUGUAGCUCUGAAUUCGAUAAACCCUGAAGUUUGUAUCAACUGUAAACUAUACUCAAACUCUGACGUUAUAGAUAUGCAUGCU